ACUGUCACCGCUUCCAAUGCGCGUGUCCGCUUAAGGGCGUGCGCACUCCCGUCCCAGCAGGAAAUAUGGCGGCGCUCAUGACUUUAAGUCAGUUAUCGAGCGGAAACCCGGUAUAUGACAACUAUUUCCGACAGGUUGACCGUGGAAACACAGGACAAAUAUCAGCUGGGGAUGCAGCUCAAUUCCUUAAGAAGUCGGGGCUGUCCGACAGUACACUUGGAAAGAUUUGGGAUUUGGCUGAUUCGGAACGAAAAGGCUAUUUGGACAAGAGGGGUUUCUUCAUAGCUCUCAGGCUUGUGGCUUCGGCACAGGGCGGCAACGACAUUAGCCUCAACAACCUCAACCAAACGCUAGCUCCUCCCAAGUUUAAGGACACUGGUAGUCCAUUAGCGAGCCUAUCCCCAGUACCAUCAACACAAACAGACUCGCAGUGGGCAAUACGGCCUGACGAAAAAGGGAAAUUUGAUGGUAUCUUUGAAAGUCUGUUGCCAGUCAACGGCCUCCUACCAGGGGAUAAGGUCAAACCCGUGCUCAUAAACUCCAAGCUACCUCUGGAAGUGUUGGGAAAGAUUUGGGAAAUUAGUGAUGUCGACCAGGAUGGGCAGCUGGACAAAGAGGAGUUUUCCGUGGCCAUGCAUCUGGUCUACCGAGCCAUGGAGCAGGAGCCCGUCCCGGCCACCUUGCCCUCCAACCUCAUCCCGCCGUCCAAGAGGAGGAAGUCUGGCAUGAAGUUGGCGGGCGCCGUGGCCGUGCUGCCCGGUCUGUUCGGGAUGUCCCUCUCCUCGGCUCCGUCGCCCCUGAAGGAGACCCUGCGGCCCACCCCCUCCCUGAGUGCCGUAGCUUCCCUGGGAACGCCAACCAGCGGCCUCUCGCCUAAGCACUCCUUCAAGUCCAGUCCACAGCAGACCUCCUCCGUGAACUGGGUGGUCCCGCUGGCAGACAGGGGGCGCUACGACGACCUCUUCCUCAAAACGGACACAGACAUGGACGGCCUGGUCACUGGUACGGAGGUCAUAGAGAUCUUCAUGCUGUCCAGCCUGCCCCAGACCAUGCUGGCCCAGAUAUGGGGCCUGGCGGACACCAAGCAGAUGGGCAAGCUGAGCAGGGAGCAGUUCUCCCUGGCCAUGUACCUGAUCCAGCAGAAGGUCAGCCAGGGCACGGACCCCCCGCAGAGCCUCACCCCGGACAUGAUCCCCCCGUCGGAGCGGAGCGCGCCCGCGGCCGCCGGCCCCACCUACGCUGGUUUCAUGUCUGCUGUGGGACCUGAGCUUGGCGCCUUUGCUCAUCUGCGCAGAGACAGCAACAGUUCCAGCGGCUCAGCCGACCUGACGGGCAUCAAAGAACUGGACGACCUCAGCCAGGAAAUAGCUCAGCUGCAGAGGGACAAGUACGUCCUGGAGCUAGAGAUCAGAGAGAAGGAGGAAGCCAUCAGACAACAGAACACUGAGGUUCAGGAGAUGCAGGUGGACCUGGACCGGGAGAACGGCACCCUGCAGGACGCCGAGUCCCAGAAGCAGGACGCUAAGGAGAGGCUGGAGGAGAUGGACCAGCAGCGCUCCAAGCUGGAGGGGAUGCUGAACGACGUGAAGGUCAAGUGCCAGGACGAGUCCCAGACGAUCGCGUCCCUGCAGAGCCAGAUCCGCUCCCAGGAGCUGGACCUGCGGAGCCAGGAGGACGAGAUGGGUCGCACCAAGGGGGAGCUGAGCCGGCUGCAGGAGGAGGAGGCCCUGCUGGGCCAGAACCUGCUGUCGGGGCGCGUCCAGCUGGACAGCAUCACCAAGUCCCUGAGGGCCACCCAGGACGAGCUCAACCAGGCCCGCAGCAAACUGACUCAGAUCCAGGACAGCCAGCUGGAGGUGACCAAGGGCAUCGAGCAGUACGACCGUGCGCUCACCAACGGCGGCAGCAUGACCAACCUGGCGGACGACGUCCUCCCGGAGAAGGAGAACGGGGCCUUCAGAGGGACGGCGGAUUCCUUCAAGUCUCGGAUAGCCAUGUUCAACAGCAGCAACGGGCCCCGAGACACCUCCGGGGACCCCUUCCAGACCGAAGACCCCUUCAAGGCCGACUCCUUUCAAGAUGCUUUCGGGGGAGAUCCGUUCAAAGCCACCGACCCCUUCAAGGGAACAUCCUCCGAAGACUUCUUCAAAAAGACAGACAAGUCGGACCUGUUUGCGUCGUCAGACCCGUUCGGGAGGAAACCCACCCCUCCGCUCAAGCCGCCUGCCUUCGGUGGUGCUGACCUGUUCAGGUCCAACAGCCCCAAGGCAAAAGAACCAGAUGCGUUCGGGAAAACGGACGCCUUCGGGAAUAACUCCUUUGGAAGCAAGGGCGGUUUCGCCGACUUUACUCAGAUGUCAAAGAAGCAGGACAACCCCGCCAUGCCCCCCAAGAAAAAUGUGCCUAACCGCCCAGCACCUCCCUAUGCAGGAAGUGAAUACGGCGAGUCUGGAAGUGAGCGGCAGCAGAUGGAGUGGGCCCGGCGGGAGAGCCAGCGGGAGGAGCAGGAGAGGCAGCGGUGGCUCCGCCGCAUGGAGCACGAGGACCUGGAGCGGGCCAUCGCCCUCAGCAAGGCCCAGAUGCCCAGCACCUAAGCCACGCUCGACGGCAGACUCCGCCUCCUCCCUCCUAGUCCUCCUCCGCGUUUCCCUGACUCCAGAAAACUCUAAGACUCCUAACGCGACCGCAGACUCCUCCUCCCCCCCCCCUCCUUCUCUGUUCCCUGACUCCAGACACUCUAGGACUCCGGACGCGACGGCAGACUCCCCCCCCCCCCCCCUCCUCCCCCUCCCCUAUUCCCUGACUCCAGAGAUUCUCGGCCUCCAGACUCAACGGCAGACUCAACCUCCAUGUUUCCCUGACUCCAGAAACUCUAGGACUCCAGACUCGACGGCAGCCGUCCAGUGGCCGCAAAGCUCCCCCCCCCCCCCCCCUCCUGAAACCGGCCAACCAACCAACCCACCCCCUCCCCCCUCCAUCGGGUCUGUGAUUGGGCCUGGUGCUUCUCCGGCCAUUACUAGUCUGACUCCUGGUCAGGCUCCGCAUUUAGCUCCCGGUCGAGGUUCAGCGCUUCCCAAACUACAGGACGACUAUAAUCAAAUACUGUCCGGGGGCCACUUGAUUUAAGCCUGGCUACGUCCUGUCGGAACGUAGUCAUUGAAUGCGACUGCAAGCUUUUGAGGCCAACCUGACGGAGACGACGGCGAGGACGACUUGCACCCAGCGCCUAUUUAUUGCUAUUGCCGACCGCGCAGUUCUUCUUCUGAUGCCUUCCCGUUGCCCACCCAAUGUUUUUAAUCACGUUUUUAUUAUUUAUAUCCAACCGCAUUGAAUCUGUGGUUUUUAUGAAGUAUCUGUUCAUGCACUGUAUAGAAACCGUACGAGGGCCCACUUUGAACAACUUGGAACCAGUUUUAUAAUUUCAUUUUUUUUUUUUAUGUCAAUCUUUUCGAACUGCUACUUGCCAAUCCGUCUGAUUAAUCGUUUCUGACUUCCGAGUGCGGAUCUUAACGAGCGGUGUUUCAUAAUUUUUUAACGAAUUGCCCUAGGUGUCAGCCUUGUAACUGCAACGGGACCCCCCCCCCCCCCCCCCCCCUCCCCCUCCAUGUUCAGGGCAUUGGUUACACACUUGUUUAACACAAUGUUCACAAUGUUUGAUUCCCUUAUCGUCGGAGUUGCCAUUCCAGUCCUAUCCCCUAGUCCUAUCCCAUGUGUGACGGUACAAAUUCCUUGUUGGGCCUUUUAGUACAGCACAUGGGACAAGGAUUCACACAAAACUAAAACAAGGCAACACCCCCCUCAACGGUAAUCCAGUAUGGGUUAGACGUUACUGGAUUGAUUUGAGUUGUUUAGGGAGUGUUGGAAGCCUUUUAAUGAAGACAUUGAUGAUGACAUUAAUGAUCGAUGAGGUCAUGCUCGAUGGCUACAUCCCUCAAGAGUGCUGUUACGCCCCCACUAUGAUGUCAUGUGUAAGCAGUUCAAUAGAUUGCCUUAUUGCGUGCUAAUGGGUCACUCGCCUGCAAUGUGAGGCCAAUUUAAGGUAAAUGGGAUGUAAGCCUGGUUAGCACUGGUGCUUUUUAAAACACUACUCCAUUUGUUUUCAUUCUUUAUUUUUUUUUUUGUACAUGGGUUGAAUUACUACAAUUACACUCGGACCGUUACAGAGUUACCACCGGAUGGCUUAUUGUCCGUCGGAAAAAGAACAAAAAAAAGGAAUUGACCGUAAUGUCAGUUAAUGCUCUUAAUCUUUGUCUCACAAUCAGGGAAGGAGGUGUGACUUUUGAUGCCUUACAAAAUUACCCGCUUGUAAACUGUUAUCAGGUUUAUUUUGCACAUAGCAUAUAUUACGUCUGUCUUGGGCAUAUUAAUCUUCCAGUACCAAAAUAGAGGAUGAUGGGUAAUACUCAACGCAUGGAUUAUGGAUGCUGUACACAAGUACAGCAGGAAUGCCUUAAUGACCCACAACCAACUUGUUCAUACUUAAGCUUUAUUAUUAAAUAUGACUAGGCCUAUAAUAACUUUGAAGAAAAAAUAUACCGUUUUGGACUCUUGAAUCUGUAUCGACUUUUAAUAUAAUAAAAGUAACCUAACACUA